GUCAUGAUUCAUGAAUCAGCCAUUUUAAUCCACAGGUCAAAUACACUCCAACGCCCACCAAGUACGUCGUCGCCUUUGGUUGCCGCCUCUGCCCACCGAUUCUCGAAAGCAGGGUGGUAUUGCUUAAUUCGCUUUUCCAUUCCCAAAUACACAACGGAGAGAGAGAGAGAGAGAGAGAGAGAGAGAAGAAGAAGAAGAAGAAGAAGAAGAAGAAGAAGAAGCGAUGGUGACGCUGGUAGUAGCAACGACGAUCGACCCGGCCUCCAUUGGCCCUGCCUCUGCUCUCCUAGCGAUGCCUGGUUGGCACCCUGGUCCCAUUCUCCAGGAAAUAUCGAGUUAUGUAAAUGGGGAAGUGAGGCUACUGAAACAUGACAAUAGUAUAGUGAAGGAGGAUCAUUUGGAUAAGCGUUGGGAGGAGGCCACCGGUGAGGUUGUCCACGAUGUCAUCUUCCUUAGUAGACACACCGCCGUCUCCAACCGUCCUGCUCUCACUGUUCACCCCAUUGGCAUACCCCAUUUACGUGAAGGUGAUGAACCGCUGCAAGGUGGAAAGCCCGGAUGGGCAGCUCCUCCAAAUCCUAGGAUUGGACCAUGGCUUAGACUUUUGAAGAGGAUUGCACAAAACCAGAAUCUAAUUCCUGAGUAUGAGAUCACUUUGGAGGGUACCCAUCAUGGGCCUGAGAUCAAUUCACCAACCAUGUUCAUAGAAAUUGGUAGCACAGAAGAAUAUUGGGGGAGGCAAGAUGCUGCUCAAGCCAUUGCAUUAUUACUAUGGGAAGGGCUUGGGCUUGGGGGAGGCAGUGCUGUAGGAAACUGGAACAGGAACACUGAUAGAAACAAAAUUCUGCUAGGGAUUGGGGGUGGACAUUAUGCACCGAGACAUAUGGAUAUUGUUCUGAAAGAUGAUGUUUGGGUGGGUCAUCUUCUUUCUGGGUAUUCAUUGCCAAUGGAAGAUCCAGGUAACUCAAAAGGAGGAAGAAAUGCAAAAGAUAUUGGUGGAACAUGGAGAGAAUCAAUUAAGGUAGGAUUUGAGGCUACUCAAUUAGCUUUUCCAGGUGGAGAAGUUUUGGCACAUCUGGAUCACAAGAGUUUCAAGAGUUGGCAGAAGACUGCAAUUACAGGAUUCCUUGCUGAGCAGAAUAUAAAGAUUGGAAAACCUGAUGACUUCUAUUGAUUGUCUUGUUAGCAUCGGGAAAACCUGAUGACUUCUAUUGAUUCUUGUUAGCAUCGGUGAUUUUAUACAUCUGUAUUUCCUCCCUUAUAUCGGUACUGGUGGAGGAUGGAGUUCAAUGCAUUUCUAUUUACGUGGUUAUAGUUUUGAUUA